CAUCAAAAAUUAUUCAAGUAUUUGGUUUAGUUUGAUCGUAGCUGUUUUGACGAAAUUUUCAGAUGUCCUCUGGCAAUAAUUUGUAUUUAUUUCUUUAUAAAAAAUAACAAAAUUUUAGUUUUUAAUAUUUAAAAUGCCACGAUGUGGAAACCUGUUCCGCAGAAACAAAAAGCGGGCAGAGCCACCUGAGGAGCCUCCACCUCCGGAAAACCAUGAAAAUUUAAUGGAAAAAAUGCCUUUGAAAGCGGAAGAAGGCGAAAUGAAGACAUACUUCCACGUGGGACUCAUGGCUAAGAUGUGCCUCAUCAGUGGCUACAAGAACGGCCCGUGGAAGCUCCUGACCACUACAAAGACGGAAGAGGAUCUUUUUCUGAGCAGUUUCGGUGAGGGUUAUCCGUCCAUGAACGACGUUUACGGUGGAAUCGAGGCGUACAAGGAAUUUGGAAACUUUCAUACCGCCCUCGCCUGGCUAACCGAUGAACUUCUCCUCGCUGACAUUGGGGCGCGUGGCGAAGCCCUCGAGGGGAAGUGGAAGGUCAUCCUGAAAUCAUCAUUUGGUAUAAGCGAAGAGCGUAAACUUGAUUACCUUUGCAAGUGUAAGUUGGACAUUGAUCGUAAUCCGAUCAGAAUGGAACUUGUGGUGCCCAUUUAUAAAGAACCAUUAUUGUUGGGCUAUCUUACGCUGACUCCCGUGGAGAACUUUAUCCUGGGCUGUCGUGGAGCUUACGACUGGGAGAAUAAAAAGAUUAUCCGUCACGCCCUUUGUGCCGGGUUUCAAAAUGAAUCCACUGAAGUGGGCCUGAAACUGGAGAACUUUAAGGAAGUCCGCGGAUCAAUAUUUCAAAAAAUUGGAGAGCAGUGGGCCGUGGCCUUAAAGGCAAAUCUUUACGGCGAAGAGGUGGACGCUCGAAAAAUUAUAGUUGGAUGCCAGUACGAGUUCGAACCUGGGCACAUGCUGAAGGCUAGAGUCCGCGGAGACACCUUCGUGGGCCUAGUCUAUCAGAAGAAAUUGCGGGAAGAUGUGGAAAUGCUGUUUCACGGUGGAAUCGAAGCAAGAGAUCCACUCAACGGAAAUUAUUCAAUUGGUACUUCCUGGGUUUUCAAUAUAUAGUCCCUGAUACAAAUUGGCAUGUGCUUGUAACUAUUUAAACA